GGGUCCCUCAAUUGAGCGUCGAGUUCAGCAGCAGUCUCCGUCGUCGUCGUCGUCGUCGUCGUUGGCCACAUUUAGGCCAGCUAUAAACCGAUACCAGAACGUUUUUCCACUCAGUCAUAUCCCCAACUGCCGAAGUGAACUGAUCGUGUGUUGCACACGCGGAAACCUCCCCAGAGACCUGUGCGGACCUCUCUGCUGUAGUGUUACUGUUUAAACAAUAAAGAAGAAGAAGAAGAACAUCAGCAGUGCGCGUGUGUGAUUUGAUACCCCACUAGUGUGAUUGUUUUUUUGUGAGGAGGGAAGAAGCCCCGAAGGAAGGUUAUUCUACGUUCCAGAAACUGUGUUUUUACUAUUUUUAAGGAUGUCCGUGUUGCGAACACUGACGCUACUGGCGAUCGGUGCCACCGUGGUACUGGCCCAGCGAAGACUUGCCCUGCCCGACCCGAGAAGCUGCGCCAACCGUGUGCGGCACGCGACGUACCGGGAUGCCCGCGGCGUAGCACACUCGUACUUCUUCAGCUGGGAGCACCAGCCGACGCGCAACCUGGAGGUGGACUGGCUGGACGCGCGAAACAUCUGCCGCCGGCACUGCAUGGACGCCGUCUCGAUGGAGACACCGCAGGAGAACGAGUUCAUCAAGCAGCGCAUCGCCCGCGGAAACGUGCGCUACAUCUGGACGUCCGGCCGGAAGUGCAACUUUGCCGGCUGUGACCGACCGGACCUGCAGCCCCCGAACGAGAACGGAUGGUUCUGGAGCGGCUCGGGCGUCAAGAUCGGACCGACCACCCAGCGCAACACCGGCGACUGGAGCUACACCGGAGGAUACGGCCAGCAGCAGCCGGACAACCGCGAGGCGGCUCAGGGUAACGACGAGUCCUGCCUGUCCAUCCUGAACAACUUCUACAACGACGGACUCAAGUGGCACGACGUUGCCUGCCACCAUCUGAAGCCGUUCGUGUGCGAGGACUCCGACGAGCUGCUGAACUUUGUCCGCUCGCGCAACCCCGGAGUUCGUCUGUAAGGCGCACGCGUGAGAGCCUCCCUAAAUCUCCCCGUCCAAAGGUGCCCAACCAAGAAAUGUCCCCCGAAAGCAGUUCCACGCGAACGAGUGCAGCUUUGACGUCCCUAAUCACUCUUCAAGGUCACCAAAAUCGGUGAAAACUGGAAUCAAGAUACAAAAAAAAAUCGUAAAAUUUCUCCUUUCUACCGAAUGACGCAAAACAACACCACCCCCUUCCCACCAAGUCGUGGAUGCUGUUGUCGUGGAUGAUUUCACCAACGAAACCAGACCUACGACAUUGUCGUCCGAGCGAAAUCUUCGCGACUUGUAUGGGGAGUGGACAGCAACAAAAAAGUGUCAAGGUGCUUAACAUCUCGUAACAGCAAAAAAAAAGUAACCAACCACACCUCUUCAACCUUUUUGGGAUGAUAAAUUUGCACUUGGCCGCGCGGGACACUAAAUCGGAUGAUUUUUACGGAAACCACGUUACGACAGAAAAAACAAUAAUGCAGAAGAAGGAGAUGCAAAAAGUAGUAGCCAGGAGCAGUGAACAACAAAUUGGACGUUAUUCUUAUUGUGUUUUAUUAUUUAUUAUAAUGUAAUGUAAUUAUGUUUUUAAAAACGGUGUAACAAAAUACAACUCAUGUGUUUGUGCGAAUUUUCUCUGUACAAAAGUAAAAAAAUCGUUAAAAACCAGUUUUGAAAAGUGAAGAAGAAGAAAAAAACCGCGGAGAGAAAAUGAUGCUAGGCUUUGCGGCUAGCGCGCAUUUUUAGGAAAGUGAUGAGGCCAUUUCUUUACCCAUUUCGAAUCAAAGGAAGCAAAAUUACGGUGUAGCAAAAAUUUAAAGAAUGGAAACUAAAUUCAUCAAAAUUUUACCACAACUCUAGCAUCAGUGAUUCUAUAUUUUGUACAUUUGUAAGUUUUUGUUUUCUAUAUUGGAAAAUAAAAAGUACUAAACAAUA